AUGCGCAACAAGGGAAAGAAUUUCGAAUGGAACGAAGAAGCUCAAGCUGCCUUUGAGAACAUAAAGCGGGAACUGUGCGAAGCGCCAGUGCUAGGCAUGCCUAUAGAGAGGGGCUUGUAUGUUCUUGACACAGAUGCAUCAGUGGUGGCCAUCCCAGGAAUAUUGCAUCAGGAGCAGGAAUGGAAUGGGAGAACAGUUCUCCGUCCCAUUGCAUAUGGCAGUAAAGUGUUGAGUGACACUGAAAUGAAAUAUGGUGCACCAAAGGCGGAAAUGUUUGCUGUUGUCAUAUUCGUGGAGAAGUACCGCGCAUACUUAGGAAGUGCUCCCUUUAAGUAA